AUGUGUUCUUCGGACUGCUACGUGCCGAUCUUCAACGUCUACUGGCUGCUCUACGGACUGUUCGGCAUCACUUUCCAGCUGAUUCUCAUCUAUUUGAUCUCGCAAAAGUCUCCAGCAACUCUCGAUAACCUCAAAUGCUUCCUCUACAACACUUCGUUCGUCCAAAUCGCUCUCAUUCUCUUCGCCUUCUCCUCCCAACAUCGAACUCUUUCCAACCGUACCACUCUGGCCAUUCUUCCCCUCGGUCCCUGUCAUUAUGUCAGUCCUGUAUUCUGUUUUGUCAUUUAUCACAUCUACAUGGUAAGUUUGUCUGCAGUCCCUCCGUCACACACUACCUUCAGGCUAUCAGCUUGGCUGCCGGCUCUGCCAUUUCGAUAACUGUCCUCUUCCGUUUCCUUGUUCUGGUCCGAAACCAAGUGACUCCAAUGCAGACCUACAUAAUGGUGGCUGCUUCGUACAUUGCUCCGACCAUUCUACUCGUAAGCGAACUCAAAGUCCGCACACUCCUAAUCUCAUUUCCAGAUUCUGCCGUUCACCGCUCCGUGGGACUUUCAUUCCGUCUAUAAUGCCACUGCUCUCGAGCACCGUUCCUACGACCUUUCCCUCUAUUUCCCUUAUCCUGGCUUCGCAGACGUCGGAAACUUCCAGUUCCUCUCGGCCACCCUUAUUCUUUUCGUCGGCGCCUAUGGUAUCCCGUUGGGCUGCCUUCUGCUCACCAGGAAAGUGCUCACUCUGAUUCGUUAUCAUCAACACAUGUCGGAUAGGACCAAGAAACAGGCAAAAACACUCAUUUACGGGCUGAUCGUGCAGUCGAUGCUUCCUGUGAUCUCCUACAUUCCGACGUUCUCCUGCUAUCUUUACACGCAGUCAACAGGACACGAAAUCCUCAUUUCAGGUGGGACAAAUCGGAAAUCCAGUAGAGACCCGUUCUUGCAGAGCAUCUCAUUCUCGCUUCCUCCUCCUUCCCCGGUCUCGUCGAUCCCUGGAUCUCUUUUUAUUUCAUUGUUCCCUAUCGCCAGGCGAUUCUCGACGUCAUUCUCCCAAAACAACGACGGGCACGAGCAAUCACCUCGGUCACGAAUAACUCGAUUUCUGGUGUCAACUGA